UGUUUGGAGCUAGGACAUGUUUAGAGCCAAGCACAAGUUUGUAGGCUGCUCGCUUCCCGUCUUGUCCGACAUUAACAAGCGUCAUGCCUCUGACUGACACUGUUGAGUGUACAUACCAGGAGUGUGUUGAUGAAAGGAUGCUUUUUCAGAGCGUGUGCUCAUAAUUAUAUACAUAAAGCAAUUGUUCUCAUGUUAUUGUUGGACUCCCAUUCUCAGGCUCCUGAAUGCCGUCAGUCUGCAACUGUUGACGCGUUCUGCCGCCAGUGUGUUUUACGGGGCUCCUUGCCUGGAAGGCAGAUGUUGUAAAUCAUGUGUGAUUUAUCAAAAAAAAAAAAAAAAAAAAAAAACUGGUUCUCCUGUCUGCCAGGUUUCAUCUCCACAAACCUCAGAGAUGUACAAAUAGACUUUGGCCUGAAGCCAUACCUCCCUGGAACUUCUUCCUUUACCAAACUGCACGCCUGUCAACACUCCCCUUCACUCUCGUCCCUCCCCCCUCCACUGCUUCUGCACUGGGCCGAUGAUGUUGUUUUCUUUGCGCUUGUCUUUGACUGUCCUCCAUGGGAAGUACCUGGCAGCGGAUGUAUGUGGCAGGCCUCUGCCUGGACACGUCUGUCUCCCCCUCUCUUCUGCCUCCACGGCCACGCAGCGUGAGAACUGCAGUAUCCAUGGCAAUGAAGGAGGUUCCUUUUCCAAUGCACCGCCAUCCCAUCAUGUGGUAAUAUUUUCAGCCUAACCCACAAGAUAGUGAACAACACAGCGGCUGACCUGCUCAACAGUCUUACACCUGCACCAGCUGCUCACAUGGCCCACCCUUACGAGCCUUGGUUACGGACAGCACCACCUGGUGGCAGCUCAGAAGACAUGAACAUCCCCUCCUGGUGGGACCUCCACAGGGACGUCCAACCAGGGAGCUGGAUAGACCUGCAGACAGGGCAGGGUGUCGGGCUUCCUUCAGUGAGUCCGGGGAGCUCCAUGGGGUUACAGCCCUCCUUAGGCCCCUACGGCUCUGACCCACAGCUGUGCACCUUGCCUCCAGCUCAACACGCUCCAGCCUCACACUCAUCCCACCUCUUCCCCACAGAUGGCUUCAAGAUGGAGCCGCUGCCCCCUGAAAUGCUGCAGCAAGAACAGUUCUCCUUGGAGGAGCCACAGGAGAACGUUGUCUCAGCCCGACCCAAGCCCCAGCGCCGCUCUUCUUCCAGAGGCGCCGGCCAAGCUGUGUGUCGCUGCCCUAACUGCGUCCAUGCUGAACAGCUGGGCCAGAGCACUGACGACAGCAGGAGGAAACACAUGCACAACUGCCACAUCCCUGGCUGUGGCAAAGCCUACGCCAAGACCUCCCACCUGAAGGCUCACCUACGAUGGCACAGUGGGGACCGUCCAUUUGUCUGCAACUGGCUCUUUUGUGGCAAGAGAUUCACACGCUCGGAUGAACUGCAGCGCCACCUGCAGACGCACACUGGCGCUAAGAAGUUCAGCUGCGCAUUGUGUCCCAGAGUGUUCAUGCGCAACGACCACCUGGCCAAGCACAUGCGCACGCACGAGUCCCCGCCAGGACAUGGGGAGGAGAGGGUGAAUGGAGAUGGAAGGAUGGAUAAGGGUUUUGAUGCUUCGACACCUCCUCAGUCUUCCUCAAAUGUGCCAGCGUCUGAUGGCGCAGAGCCUCCGCUGAAGCUCAAAUGUGAGACAGACCCCUCAGUCUCCAGCGUGACAGGGCAGUCCGGCUAAUUUCAGAAGAAUUUUUGGCAGUUAAAGGUUUACCAUUUGUUCCCCUCUCUGUCAUAGAGGUGUCAUAGUUUUACGAUAGAGUAGCGAAUAAAAACAAGGUUCGGACAAACUUUUACUGACAUCAGUCUUAACAGUAACUGUUCGUCUCAAUCAUAAUCUAAAUAAACACAGAAAAGAAAAAAAAACUUUUACUGGACUUUUACUGAUUCUGUGUAGAGAAAUAUCCUUUGUUUACCAAAAGUAAAAGGUGGCUAAGGAUGCAACCACACUGAGGCUUGUUGCUGGACUUCCAUUGCUGCUAUAGAGCCACUACUACCAGUAGACCAAGAGACUGGGAAUAGAUCAACUGAAGGUGGCUUGUUUACUUGUUUACAAUUAAAUGAAUGAGAUGUGUUACUGGGAGAGAUGGAGAAAAAUGUUUAUCUCCAGCACAGUUUAAUUUACCCAUUUCAAAGGCAGCAAGCUUUUGAGUGGAGAAAGGAGAUGGUGAUACUCUGAUUUGUCACCAAAUGUGUGGAGCCUACGGCGCGAGUUGUGAUAAGACACUGGAAUCUGAUGCAGCAUUGUCUUGUUUUAAAAAUAUUAGUUACCAUUUGAAUUUUUGAGAGUUAAUGCCACACAGAUGGCAUUGUGUGUGUUGUAAUAUGAAAAUGGUACAUUAACAAAAUGAAAAUAAAACAGACAGUAAUGACUUGCAGCUGCAGUAUGCUGCGAUGAUAACACACUGAUAUAAUAUAAUAUAAUAUAAUAUAAUAUAAUAUAAUAUAAUAUAAUAUAAUAUAAUAUAAUAUAAUAUAAUAUAAUAUAAUAUAAUAUACAAAAUUGAGUUUCAUGCACUACAAAGGCUACUAUAUAUCAGAAAUAGUUCUACACUUAUUACUGAGAAGGACCAUUCAGAAAGGGGAAUGUGAUUCAAGUUGCCAAAUGGAACAAAAAGAUGCUAGUGAGACAGCUAAGGGCAGUGAUCCCCUCCACUCCUGGUAGCUAAGAACAUAAAGAUAAAACCGAGCUUCAUGGUCAUGAAAGCUGGACUUGGAGGGAGAAUUCUGCCAGGUCAAAUGAAUCCUGGUUUCUGUUGCAAAAUGCUGAUGACUGUGAACGUAUUUGGCCAUAAAAAUGGCUCCACAGGUCCACAAUGUUAACGCUACAGGCUACUGCCGCCGAGUGAAACUUCCAGGACGGUGGUUUAUUCCAGUGGCCUCUGUAGUCCCAAGAUUUUAAGCUGCACUAAUCAAUAUUUUCAGCUCUGCUGGCCCACAUUAACUGUUGUGGUGAAGUCUUACCACGCUCAUCAAUCUCCUUCACACUAGCAGACAGCUGUUUUCAGCUAUAACAUUCUGAUAAAUGGAGGGUAGGCUGAGUGCUACGCGCCAAACGUCAGAAAGACAGCAUUAACUACUAGCUAGUGAACAUAGAGGAGCAUCACGUUAAUUUACAGAGUGAAGACUAAACCAAGCCAAAAAAAGUGAUUUUUUUUAUUAAACUGGGGAAACUCUUGGAAGGCCUUCACUUAAAUUCAUGCCUCAAAAGCUUCAGGCGGUGGUGGAAGCAGAGGCCUGUCCCACCAAUACCAUCCAGCUACUGUACACCUCAUUAAGUGGGGUUUAGCGAGGUUACACAGUUAUUCCAAAUAUCAUCAGCUUGAUCAUGAUUUGCAUGUCGGAUCAAGCUGUGGUCCCAAUCAUCAACAAAGAAUGUGUGACGGGCUCAUCGCUCAACACAUUUUAUUAACUGCCGUUGGUGUGUCUGUACUUUUUCCAUGUUAAUUGACACUAACAAAUAAUUUAACAAAACUCUUUUUGAAACAUCACAGCCAUUUAAGUUUGAAUUAUAUUUAUAAUUCAUACUAAAUUAUGCAGAAAAGCACUGCGUCGGCAGUCGAGUGAACACAAUAAAAUGCAGUUGAACAACAGACGCAUCUGAAAUCUAUUAGGUUACUUAAUUUGAAUAGUUAACUUUCAUAAUCAAUAUUCUGUGAUCAAUAGUUCUGUAGCAGGCAGUGUGAGUGGCUUUUCAGUUUAAAACACUAUUAGGAUGUAUAAACCAUCACAGAUGUUAGGCUGAGAUUUCUAUAUAUAUUAGGGAGCUUUCAAUUUAUGGAGGCUCAUGAUUGCUGUAUUUAUGUAUAGAAUUUAAGAAAUGGAAGACAUUGCUAAAAUAUUAGUCAAUUAUUGUGUAUUGUCUCUUAUUAUUAUUAUUUUUUGUUUAUGUUAGAUAGUCUUUUACGUUGGUCAGUAGAGCAAGUUGGACACCUUGUUUUAAAGUUUGGUCGCUGUAGUAAAUGUUUUAGUUGACUGUUAUAAAAUAAGUUCUAAAACAUUUGAUAAGUUAAGUAUUGUGGUGUAAUAACUUGUAUUUAAUCUAUUAUUGUCCUUUAUUAAAUAAAAAAUU